AACUGACAUACUGAAAUAAAUUUCCUAAAUCGCUAAAUAUAAACAUGGUCAUUUUGCAUGUCAAACGUGGAGAUGAAAAUCUUUUUCUAUACGAAACGACCGUCAAUGAAAAUACCAGCAAUAUUAUCAAGGAUAUAACUGCCAUCUAUAAUGGACGUUUAAAAAUCGAACGUAUUUGUAUGGAAAUGGAAGAAUUGGCCUCACAUGGCACACUUUUGCCACCGGAAAUUUUGGGUCUUACCGAUGAACAGGUGGAGGAGCUGAAACUAAAAGAUGUUUGGGGUGAGAAAUGUAUACCAUCGGGAGGUUUUGUUUACAACAAAGAUCCCAUUGGACGCCGCAAUGGCAGGCAGCCUAAGGAAAAUAUGCAGCAGGUAUUGAGAAAUGCCGUAAAAGAUGCCAAGGCUAUGAUAGAUAAAAAGUUGGUAUUGGCUAAACAACCACUCACCCUUAAGAUUGUAGGAGAAGCUAUAAGUCUUCUAAAGGGAGCUGUUACCAUAGUAUAUCCCAUGCAAUUGCCACCCCACGAUAUAAUACGCAUGGAAUUUAAUAAUACCGAAGAUUUAACUGGUACGCAAGCUUCAAAGGAAGUAAUUGAACCGUCAAAGGCUCAACUAUGGUUUGCUGGCCGUUUGAUAUUGUGCGAUAAGAAAUUGUCUCAAUUUAUCGGUAAUAAUGAUAAAACAAAAGUCGUGGUUAAAUUAAAUACCCUUGGUGAGGGCAUACCUUCUCGAGAACCUGUCAUUACGGAAGAUAUACGCAAACGUAUGAUGGCCGAUGCUUAUAGACGUCAGGAGGAAUUAAAGAAACUGGAAAUUGAUGAGGAUGACACGUAUUUGAAUUCUUCUUGGGCUGAUAGCAACAGUUUAAAGCGACAAGUUCAUGGUUUGGAUAAUGUGCGUUUUCGAAUGGGUUUAUAAAUAGUGCAGUCUGUAGCUUGAUUUUAAUAUUAUUCUAAUAAAUUACGUUUAUUUCAUUAUUUAAUUAAUUAA